GUAUAUGCAUCUAGUUUUCUUUGUGAUAAUUUCCUCCACAUCUCGUGUUUCGUUGCCUCUUAUCCAAGCAAUAUCGUGCAAAUUGCGAACUGGACCGCAAUGUUGGAAUUAAUGCCUUCGUCCAUAGUGGAUGUCGGAUCGGCCCGGCUGAAGAGAGCAGUGGACAAGGAACUGUUUAUUUCAAGAUGUCGAAAUCGACUGAAAGGGAAAAAGAAUCUGAAAAAGUACCUUCCCGAGCGGUUCAGCUUCCUGUAUCAGUUCCUAUGGAACCAGAUGCCAUCCAACCUGUACGAGAACAUUAUAGGAAAGCUAAAUAAAUCUCACCAGGAGUUCAAAACGAAGGUGAUAAGUUCGAUGGUACCGGACGAGGUGCUUUACAGCCCGGAUGACUACAAAACUACCAAAUUUAUGACCGCGAUUAUGUUUGUCGAUGUUUCCGGUUUUACCGACCUUUCUGAAUUAUAUAACAAUCCUGAAAAUGGUGGAGCUUCCAAAUUAUCGCAAGUCUUAAACACCUACCUUGGCGGAAUCGUGCAUGAAAUAUUAGGCCAUGGCGGAGACAUACUGAAAUUCUCCGGUGAUGCCAUCCUGGUGCAGUUCAAGGCAAACUCUUCCGUAUCCUUACCGGAUGCGAUUCACAGGGCGAUCGACACGGCAAUUGUUAUACAGCUUUCCUACGGACGCUACAAAACCGACGUCGGUGUUACGUUACGGAUCAAGAUCGCUAUUUCGGCCGGUGAGGUACACUUUUCGCUCGUGGGAGAUAGAUCCUUUUCUCAUUACGUUGUUGCUGGACAGCCGGUAUGGAAAGUGAAACUGGCGGAACGGAUGGCACUGGCGGGUGAUAUUAUCGUAACGUACUAUGCAUGGAGCUAUAUUCACGACAACGAGUAUGUUUGGGAAUCGUGUGCGGACAGGAUGCAUCUUAAAAUUAAAGGAUUUACCAGCUAUUGGCGGUCAACGAAAAGAUUAAAUUUUGUCGAAGCAUCCUACCGGGAGGAUCAGGAAGGCGAAGAUCCUUUAGAGCAGGACGAUGCAAUCAAAAUUGACAGCGAAAUGCUUGCCAUUCGUCCUCGUCUUAAAUAUGUAACGCCACACGUUGUAUCAUCGUCAUUGCAAAAGUUCCUCAUUAAACCCAUCCUGAACGCGGUGGAAAACAAUGAACCGCUUGAGUUGUUGACCGAAAUGCGUCAAAUUGUGACGGUAUUUUUAAACAUCGUUUUAAAACCACGCGAAGUUGUUGCAAUGAUCGAGGAAAUUAAUUCCAUUUUUACCACCGUUUGCAAAAUUGUUGAAGGACAUGAAGGAAUUGUAAACAAACUUUCACUAUUCGACAAGGAUGUAAUGUUUCUAAUUAUUUUCGGAUUGCGCGGCCAGAAGCAUGAAAUGGAUAGCCAAAUCGCGUUGCACUGUGCGUGUGAAAUACAGGAAACGUAUGCAAAAAAUCCCUCGAUAAUUUCUGCUUCGAUCGGCAUUACGACUGGUAUUGCGUAUUGUGGCAUCGUGGGACACACAGUACGGCGUGAAUAUUCUGCGAUUGGAGUUCACGUUAACAAAGCGGCCCGCUUAAUGAUGGCUUAUCCGCAUAAGGUAACAUGCGACAAGAGCACGUUCAUGAUGAGUAAACUAGAUCCUGCCCAUUUCACUCUACAAGAUGCAAUCCAAUUGAAAGGAUUGCACAACGUAGGGCCAAUCUACGAGUUCAAGGAAUUCAUUGCGGAACGCGAAUUACUAAAACCGAUGGUAUACAACUAUCCCUUAGUCGAUCGAGACCAGUUCGUUGAAAUUUUUCAGGAAAUGAUCGAAGAUUGUAUGGUGAUUGUCCAACAAUGCACCCGGACCGAUUUUCCAAACGAUCAGUGGAUUCAAAAUUGUCUGUUAAUACGCGGCGAAGCGCAGAUGGGUAAAACUCGUCUAGUGAAUGAGUUUUUCUACAUUGCGCUACGCAACAAACACAUAAGCUCGUUAUGCUUUUCUCUCAGCUUAAAGGAUUCAAAGGUAAGCGAAUGCGUUGUAAGUUGUAAGUCCGAUGUAUUAUUAUUUUACGAAACUUCUUUUGCUCGCCAGAAACCAUAUUCCGCGGCUAGUCUAUGCAUUUCCCGACCGCUCGGAUUCACCGAAACAAUAACGACUGUGACGAGGCAAAACCGCAUGAAGUUGUACCUGCGGGAGCAUAAAAUGGAACAGCACGUGUCGCUUUUAAACGACAUUCUUGGCACGAAUUUUAAUGAAACUCAGGCAACUGCCAGUUUGAACCAAACAGAGAAAGAAUCUGCUAGAAAAGAAUUGUUCCGGUUCCUCUGCCAAAAGACUUUUCAAAAUCUUUGGGUGCUGAUCAUCGAUGAUGCUGAGUUUAUAGACGACGAAUCAUUCGAUCUAUUUGACGUCAUCUGGGAAAUGCCACAGAUCAUUACAGUGCUAACGGUGGGCUAUCAGAAGCGAUUAAAUCCGGUACGUGUUCGCGUUCUGGACCGUCCCAAUGUGUGCCAGGUAAAGCUGCCUCCCAUAGAAACAUUGCUACACAAAGCAGUCGCUUGCCAAUUUCUGAACGUUAAUGCUAUUCCGUUGGAUCUGGAAAGGUUGUUGCACACCAUGAGCAACGGGAAUCCGGGAUGGAUAAACACAUUUCUUCUUUGCUUACGUCAGAGCGGUAUUCUGCGUGUAAAGCGUAUGGGUUUCUGCGAAGCCCAGACGGAAGGCUAUGUAUUCUGCGACUCUUCGUUCCUGCAGCGGGACAGUAUCAAGUCCAGUUCCACACUGCGGCCAAGCCUCUCCGACUGGCGACUGUUCGAAUCGUCGUUCGAUAUUGGCGACCCGUUGCUCUAUCCUGGCGAUCAGACACCAUCACUGUUCAACAAGAUCGUAGACGUUGCGUACCUGACGGAUACGGUCGACACGAAGGAUUACUACACCUCCCGCAAUUUAGAAGCGUUUCAUCUGAUGCUGUACGAUUCGCUGUCCGCCUUCGAGCAGCUCGUAUGCAAAUGUGCUGCCUUUUUGGGGCAAAAGUUUCUACGCGCCUCACUAAUGUACACGAUGGCAAUGGAGAGUGAAUGGGAUGUAGCAAUCGCAAUGAAGAAACUGUUUGACCUUCAAAUCCUAUCGUGCGCAAUCGGAGACUUUAGCGAAGGUUUCCGGUUGGCGCAGAAGAAUGUUAACAGCAGCUGGCUGGGGCGUGGUGAGUGCGCCUGCAUUGCACUGGACGUGGAUAGAAGCUGCAAAGAUCUGCCGAAAUACGCGGUUUGUGGGUACUCUAAAUUCAAUUCCAGUGAGUUCCACAGCACGGUGUAUAAUUUGGUAACAGUGGAGCAGAAAAAGCAAUACCAUAGCAAUGCGUUGGAAUUUAUUGAAAGUGAAACUAAAAAGUGUAAUUCAUGUGGAGCUGUGCCGUUUAAAAAUUUAAUGAGCUGUGAGGAAACAUACGAAGUACAGGUUGGCUGCCAAAGAUCAGAGGAACCCGAAACCAAUGAAAUGAUACUUCAGUACAGUUCGAGUCGAUUUUCUUUGUACUCAUCGCAGCAAUCAAUGAUAUUCGACUGUUUUAGACGUCGCCGUAGUUCAGCGCGACGUGGACCGGUACUCAGCUAUGGGGCGUACAAUUUUGUCUCCUGCAACUGUAAUAUGAUCCUUUACAGCAUGUUCAGCGAGAUAGUCUUGCACAGCAAAGGUGCGGGUUUGCUGGAGAAAUGUGUUGAGGCUAAUAUUGAAUGGGCACGGAUCUGCAUUAAAUUAUCAAACAUUCCAAAAGCCAUUUCUAUUCUAGAGGAUGCUAGUAAACUGAUGACGCAAAUUGACACAAGAGAAAACGUUGCCCUUGUUACGUACCUGAAGGGACGUCUGUAUACGUUAGAAGCAAAAGGAAAGUAUUGUUUGGAACAGUUUGAGCGAGCACUGGAACUGUACUAUCGUGCCUCACGAAUUUUAGGGAUGAGUUUUCCUCGUCACCGCUCUUUGGUUAGAUUGAAGAGCAGAUAUUACAUGACAAAGGUGAAAAAAUACCUUGAUCCUGCCAACAAGGGUAAAACCUCGACCACCAAAGGUCUUUUCUACAGCUUGAUCGUAUCACAAAUUGCUAGCUGCUUCAAUGGUAUGCAUAAGUUGUUCGUAAAGUUACGCGAUUGGGAUCGGGCAACCUUAGCUGCCAUCUGGGGUCUGAAGCAUGCCUUACGCCACCGGAAGAGUAGCACAGUGUUGGUGAAGUCGUUGGCUAAUUUUUUCCAUACAGCCUAUCAUGUUGGGUUUUCCGAAACGACAGCUUGGAUGCAGGAACGUUCACUGCAGAUAGUGGCGGAAAACGUUCAUCGGAUCGAUGCGGACUAUCUCGAUGCAAUAGUUCGUUAUUAUACCGCUCUUUUCCUUUGCCAAACCAUACGUUCGAAGAAAAUUCUAUCGAUCGAACUUGGCAAGGUAGUUCUGCACAUAAACGACAGGCUUCAGUAUCAAUCCUGCGAAUGGGACAUCAUUCCUAUUCUUUGCGAAGUGCUCCUUUCGAAUCGACGUAUCGGAGAAACGGUUCAAACCCUUUGGACGCUGCAGAAGCUUAUCGUCCAUCAGCAAUAUCGUACCGGACAAAUCUGGUAUUACGCGAUUUGUCUCGACGUUCUGCUCGAUACGAGCUGUUGCAUAGAGUCGUAUCGACGAUGUGAGAAUUUUUACUUCAAAAAUCGUGAAUCCUUCCUUGCGCAACGGAACGGCUUUGCCAGUGCUCGGUUGUUUGCCAACCUGUGGCUCUGGUGUGUACGUUACGGUGCCUGGGUAGCGGCAGACAACUGGUUGGUGCUGUUGCGUGAAAAUUUUGUGCUCAGUGUGCACGAUUCUACGAUCAAUAUUAACACGGCGAUCCGCAUCGUGGAGGGUAUGGUACUAACGCUGAUCUACCACAUAGAGGCGCGUAAUACGGCACAGAUUCGGCGGAUGCGGACCAGCAUCGAAACGUUGCUUGGCAGCGUGGAACAGGCGCUUUCCAUCAACCGGAAUCAUGUGGCUCGGUUCGAGCUGAUGCGCAUCUACUACCGGCAAGUGGUGGACCCCGAUGGUGGAAACGUUUGCCGACAGUUGGCCACUGCUGCCAAACGAGCCCAGAGCCGUAACGAUCAUCUUUGUCACGAUCAUAUCCAGCACACGGCCAAGUUUUGGCACCGUGAGUUACCGCCAGCUUUGGAAACCUUCUGGCUGGAUCACGCUGCCGGAAGUGAACGUAUCGAUGGUGCGAGCCGAAACCAGAGCUUCGCUGCCGGCUCACUGUUUGACAUCAGCAACGAGCAGCUGUACGAUUAUGGGAGCUGUAUAAUGAAUCACGAACGAAUCUAUCCUUAUUCAAUGCCAUUGCCAAGAGCUCGAUUCCGAUGAAUGAAUAUGCAAUUGGGUGUCCGGAAGAUGUCAUGCCCGAAACAGCUCCCGUCGCCCGGAUCAGGACACCCCGCGUUCCAGCGGCAUGCUGACCGGUAUCGCUACGUAUGUGAGUGUGUAUCCGACGCGAAAGAGAAGAGUGGGAGAAUAAUUUGAAUUUUUAUCAAUGCGUGUGUGGUGCUAAGCUGAUUGAGUGGUGGAACAGAGAGGCAGGGAAUGAAAGCUGAACCGGAGGACGAGUUGUAUCCGUUGGCGUUGGUGUUGGUAACGGUUCUCCCAAACCGUCGGAAGCCGAAAUUAGACGUCCCAUCUUCCAGCAUUGCGAAGUAGUGGUGUGUUGAUAAAUUUUCAUGAGUGACAACCAAGUCACCGGUUUUGGUUUCGGGUUUUUUAUUUCGUUUCCUUUCCUUAUUCUCCACUAUAUAUGCACCGUUCUUCUUCGUUUA